CCUGUCGGAGGCGGAGCGCGCCUUCCUGCACAUGGGCCGCACCAUGAAGGAGGACCUGGAGGCCGUGGCCGAGCGCCUGAAGCCGCUGUUCCCCGCCGAGUUCGCCGUCGUGGCGGCCUACGCCGAGGGCUACCACGCGCACUUCGCGGCCCAGCUGGAGGCCCUGGCGCAGUUCGAGCUGUGCGAGCGCGACACCUACAUGCUGCUGCUGUGGGUGCAGAACCUGUACCCCAAUGACAUCAUCAACAGCCCCAAGCUGGCAGGUGAGCUGCAGGGGAUCAAGCUGGGGAGCCUCCUGCCCCCCAAGCAGAUCCGAAUGCUAGAGGCCUCGUUCCUGUCCAAUGAGGUGACCAGUGUGAAGGAGCUGAUGGCCCGAGCCCUGGAACUGGAGUCAAAUCACUGGGCCCAGGAUGUGGCCCCCCAGAGGCUAAACGGCCGCUGCCACAGCGAGCUCGCCAUCGAUAUCAUGCAGAUCAUCUCCCAGGGCCAGGCCAAGGCCGAGAGCAUCACGCUUGACCUGGGCAUGCAGAUAAAGCAGGUGCUGCUGGCGGUGCUGGCUGCAUUUCUGAGGAGCUACCAGGGAGCCUUUGAUGAAUUUCUGGAGAGGUGCACACAGCUGGGAAAUUACAGGGCCAAUGUCAUGGCCAACAUCAACAACUGUCUGUCCUUCCGGACAUCCGUGGAACAGAAGUGGCAGACAUCACAGGAUAUCCUGGGCCCCCUGAGAGAGCUCAAGAGCCACGGCUUUGACACCCUGCUCCACGGCCUGUUCUCGAAACUGAAGCCGCUGUUCAAGAGGCUCACGCAGACCCGCUGGGCCGCCUCUGUGCAGACCCUGGAGGAAAUUGUCUCCAUCAUGGAAAAAAGUCUGCCCGAGUUCUCGGAACUGCACGACUGUUUCCAGGAGGAGCUCAUGGAGCUUGUCCACGUGUACCUGGUGAAGGAAUACAUCGUGCAGCUCAGUAAGCGGCAAGUGGUCCUCAAGACUGCAGAGCAGCAGCAGCAACUAGCCAGGCAGGUUCUGGCCAAUGCCAACCUCAUCGAACAUUUCUGCACGCAGAACGGCUCCCGGGCCACCUGGCUGCACCAAGCCCUCCCUACACUCGCCGAGAUCAUCCGCCUGCAAGACCCCAGCGCCAUCAAGAUUGAGGUGGCCACUUACGCCACCUGCUACCCCGACUUCAGCAAAGGCCACCUGAGCUCCAUCUUGGCCAUCAAGGGGAACCUGUCAAGCAGUGAAGUCAAGAGCAUCCGGAGCAUCCUGGACAUCAGCACGAGAACACAGGAGCCCUUCAAGUCCCUAUUUUCACUUAUAAAGGUUGGGUAGCUUUUCCUAUGGCCUGGCCUGCUUGGGGGACCCAGCAAGCAUCGGACACACCCGCUUUGGGCCAGUCACCCCACUUGGGGGCCGUUCAGACCAGCACUGGCUUCGUGGGCCCUCACGGGUGCCCCAUCUUCUGCAGCUGCUUUUGCCCAGCCCUGGCCAUGGUGCAGGCCCACGGGCAGCUGGAAUUGGACAGGCCCCAGUUUGUUACCAGUCCAGUGGGGUGGGAGCACCACUGUGAGGAGCCAAAGAGGCCACACCUGAGAAACGACAGUUGCUAGUGCCUGCGCUAAGGAGGUAGAGUGGUGAGGGGUCAGCAGUCCUGGGACACCUUGCGUCCGUGGGCUCUUUCACACUCUGUCUCAGAACCGCCCUUCUCGUGGCCAGGCCUGAGUGCCUGGGGCCAGGGGCCGGGCCUUACCUACCCUGCCUCCUUCACACGGGGCUGCGCUGUGCUCGGCUCAGGAAGUCUGCGGAAUGAAGGCAGCUGGGAGAGAAAAGGGAAGGAUGAGCUCGUAUCUAGGGCCUGGAAAAAGAGGCAGGGGAGUCACACCGCAAGCUGGGGCCAGAGCCAGCGUCAUAGCCACGUCCAGAUUGCCCCACUACCCUUGCCGCUCAGACCCUGGGCACUCUCUGAUUGCCCACAGGCAUCCCCUGAGGAUGGGCCCAGGCCCAGGGGCUGCCUUCAUGGUUCUUCCACCUGGGAGUCCGGCUGAGGUCUGGGCCGGGUAAGCUUGACCUCUGACCCCUUUGUCCCGAUAUGAGUGUCUUACUGCUGCUGUAACAAAUUUCCACAAGCUUAGUAGCUUAAAACAAGACAUUCUUCAGUUCUAGAGGUCAGAGUUCUCAUGCAGGUCUAGCGGGCUGAAGUCAAGGUGUGGGCAGGCCGGGUUCCUCCUGGAGGCCCGGGGGAGAAUUUCCUGCCUUUUCCAGCUUCUAGAAGCCACCUUCCCAUAAACCUUGGCUCAUGGCCCCAUCCAUUUCAAAGCCUUUUCACAUGAUAGCACUUCUCUCCUGCCUCCCUCGUCCACUUGUAAGGACCCCCUGCCUACCUUUGGCCCACCCACAUGGAUAACCCAGGACCCUCUCCCUAUUUGUAAGGCCAGCUGAUUAGCAACCUUCAUUUCACCCGCAACCUUAAUGCACCUUCGCAUGGAACCUCAUACAGUCACAGGCUCCAGAGAUUAGGACGUGCGCAUCUUUGGGGGAUCAUAAUUUUGCCCACCACAGUUUCUCCAUUCGUCCCCUGGCCUGGAGGGCACCUUGUCCUACCCCAGGAAGACAGGAGUUCAGUCACCCUCCUGGCCUCUGUCCACCCUAUAGACCCUCUCAGCGCAAGAGGGGGCGGUUCUGAUUCAGGUGUGACUCAGCCGCUGAGGGUGCCACCAGGGUCAGGCCAGCUCUCUGGGCCUGUCCCCCUCUUUCCAGGUACUUGGCCAGGAACUGGCCCGUGUAAAUGGUGCACAAAAGCCUUUGUACAUUUGUAGGAGUUUGCGUCCCGAUGUAAUUAAUUUUAUUUUUGAUAGUAUUGCUUUUGUAUGUGUACACUCAGGACAGGAUCUGGGUUUUGAGAGCUUGAUAUAAAGAUGACUUCGGAAGUG